AGGGAAGGACAGCAGAUCUGAUUGACACACACUCUCGACGAACUCACAUCGGAUCUCUCUCUCUCUCAAGCUCAGUUCGAUCCAAUUCGAUUGUAAUUAGGGUUCUAUUCGAUGGGGCAAUAAGGUGGAGAAGCCGCACUAGGAGCAGCAGCCCUAUCGGAAACUCGGGCCUCAAAUAUUUAAAACCCUAGAUCCAUAUAUAUUUUGGCAAUUUUUGGAGCUAAUUUAGGAUCGCCGGAAUGGUGGGCUCUGCAUCUCAAUCUCAGCCUCAGCCUCCCUCUGCGGAAGAAGAAGCGCUUAGGAGGAACACCGAUUGCGUUUACUUUCUCGCGUCGCCGUUAACCUGCAAAAAGGGAAGUGAAUGUGAAUAUCGCCAUAGCGACAUUGCUCGUGUAAAUCCUAGGGAUUGUUGGUACUGGAUAAAUGGUAACUGUUUAAACUCCAAGUGUGCAUUUCGGCACCCGCCACUCGAUGGUCUGCUUGGAACACCAACAUCUUCAGGACCCUCAGUGCCGGCAUCUAGUCUGCCGGCACCUGCCGCAACUAGCUCCGCAAAACAACCGGUGUCAUGUAUAUUUUUCCAAAAAGGGUUUUGUUUGAAAGGCGAUUGGUGCCCCUUUCUCCAUUUGCAGACGUCCAUAGGCAAUAAAGCUUCAGCCGUUACAGGAGCAGCAUCCACUCUCGAGCAGGCUGCAGCGGCCAAAAAGGUUUUUACUGCCGUUCAAAAACCUUUACAAGAGAAGAAAUCCCUCCCUGUGAAUGUCGCCAAAUCUGUCAAGGACUCGCAGCCGCUAGUAAAACCAUUGACCAAAGCCGGGCCUGCUCCCUGGACAAAUGAAUUAUCUAUGAACAGGAAGGUACCACAAACUGCCGAUUUUCCAGGCUACAGGAGCACUCCUAUGGUCUCUAAUGGAAACCCUGUCAAUUGGCCUGGUCGAGUCCAGCAAUCUAAUCUCUUGGAUGAACCCGAAGGUGUGUAUGGUAAGGAUACGGAAGAAGUUUCUAGAGAGCCCUCUCCUGGUUUUGAUGUCCUUGUUGAUGACGAGGGAAGAGAUUCUGAUUACUAUCCGAGUGAAGAUAGAUAUGGAAUGCCAAUGGAACAUGAAGCUAGGAACGAAUACAAUAUGGAUCAUCCGACCGAUUACAACAUGGUUGCUGCCAUCGAAGAUGAACGAUAUGGGAAUUCUAUCGGUUAUGAUCCGCAGGAUCUCCAUUCGGGUGGUCAGUAUGCUUGGGAUCAGCGCGGACGUUCAGCCGAAAGGAUAUUGGGAGGAUCUUACUCUGAAAGGAGGCCGUAUGAUAGGCCUGAUAGCCGUGGUCGAGUUGAUGAAUCGGACCUGAGGCAUCGUUUGGCCAGGCACAGAAAGCCCAACGGUUUGAGGUCCGUCAUUAGUCGUGAACACCCCAAUGAGAUGCAUGUUAGAGAUCGUGAACAAAGGAUUCCCCAUGUGAAGCCUCUUAGCAAUCGGCUACAAGGAAGAAUAAGGCUUCCUCGGAGAUCGCUGUCCCCAAUAAGGGCGGGCGCGCCGAAUCACCAGGGAAGGAUCCGAAGCAGGAUAAUCGAAAGACGGGAUGAGGAUUUUAAUAAUGGCGUGAAAAAUUACAGAGGAAUGCACUCUAGAAAAGACAACAAUCCAGGUGAUGAUCGAGCUGAUUUUGCCGGUCCCAAAAGCCUUGCAGAGCUGAAGAACAGAAAAAAUGGCGAACCGUUGAAACAGCAGCGUGUGGCUGAUCGACAAUCAUUUGGGAAGAGAAAACAGUCUAUGAUUGACGGCAAUCAGCAAAGUGGAAGCGAUGUUUUGUUCGAAGGGCCCAAACCGUUGGAAGAGAUUCUAAAGAGAAAGAGAGGUGAAACGACUGGGAAUUUGAGUGCUAGGAAUUUAUCAAACAAUCAAGACGUUGCAGAAGACACAAAUUACGAAGGAAAGAACGAGGACCACAAGUCAACGAUCAAUGCAGAAGCCGGAAAGCAACCCGCUUUGAGCUCUCCCAAACAAGCUGCAGAUGAUGGCGCACAUGCUGAAAAUCGGCUGGAGCAAGAACCCGAAGCCUGUGAUGACAGGGAUGGCGAGCCCGAGUAUGAACAAGGUGGUGGCGAAGAUUAUGAGGUGUACGAUGGCGAGAAUGGAGAUGGCUCUGGGGAAUACAUUGAGGAAGAAGAUGAUGACGAUGAAUUUGCAAAGAAGAUGGGCGUGGUGUACUCCUGAACAAGCGUUAAGGUCCGAUGACUUACUCUUUGCUUCGUCGCUAUUAGUUCGUAAUGUGCAGUUGUUCAUUUCUGAUCUCUGCUUUGCAUUGCAUUGGCAUGUUUUCACAUUUACUAUCUCUCUCUCUACUGGUUUUGAUUACAAAAGUAGAGAAUGAACCGAUCAUCGUCAUCGUUCGCUACUCGUUCUCAUCGUCAUCGAUCGAUCAAUGAUGAUACAUUCGAAGUUAUUGACUUUGUGUAUGGAGUUAGUUUGUGUCUAGAACUGUUUUAGUUGUGACUGUAGCAAGAUGAGAAGAUGAAUUUUAUCAAAAUCACCAUGGCUGCUCCUGCUGCUGCUGGAUUAUGCUUUUUUUCUUUGUUUUA